AUGCUUAUGACACUCGCAACUUUCGAUCAUAGUGCAAAUGUAUCAAAUUAUACUGAAAUUACACUUUUUUGCCACGAUGUGUAUGCAUUUUCAAAAAUCGUUGAAGGUAUUAAAACAAUUCCAGCAAUUCUAUUACAGUUAGCAGAAUUUGGUAGUGAACAAUGUCCUGAAUGGUUUCGAUUCUAUCAGAUAUUGGGAACAUUUGCAAUUGGUUCAAAUGAAGCAGAAAGAACAUUCAGCACAUUACGAAAUCGAUUAUCUGAUACUACUAUUGAAAUAUUAGUAAAAUUAUCUAGUCUUAAGAUAGAAUUAACAGAAUAUAUUAUUAAUUGUAUUGUACAAGAUUUCGUGAAAAAUCCUGGUCGUACGAAGUCGCACAACAUAACGUUGUUUUUGAAGGAUGAUCAAUAUCAAAGUGAUGGAGACGAUGAUGUUGGAUAUUUUUGA